AUGACGCCUUGUCUACAAGAGCACCCAAAACCAACUGCUGUCCAGAUCGAGGAUGUAUCUGACCGCCAGGAAGAUGCGCCUCCUCCAGAUGGGGGGUAUGGCUGGGUGUGCGUGGGUGCAUGCUUCUUAACCAACUGCUCCACGUGGGGCACCGUCUCUGCCUACAGUGUCUAUCUCUCCCACUACUUGGCCGACGACGUCUUUCCAGACGCAACGCCGUGGGACUAUGCAUUCAUUGGGGGAUUCAACUUCUCCAUCGCCAUGCUUGUCGCGCCUCUGGUCACCGUCCUGGUCCGCAGAUUUGGCACCCACAGGACCAUGAUCGUUGGCGCGCUUCUGCAGUGUAGCGGCUUCCUGGCUGCCUCUUUUGCGAUUCAAAUCUGGCAAUUGCAUCUCUCGCAGGGCGCUCUGAUUGGGGCUGGUAUUGGCUUCCUCUACAUCCCGAGUCUGCCCAUCUUGUCGCAGUGGUUUGCAAAAAAGAGGAGCCUGGCCAAUGGCAUCAGUGCGGCUGGGUCUGGUGUUGGCGGUGUUGCGUUUGCAUGGGGCUCGGAAGCUACGAUUCAGCAUAUUGGUAUCGCGUGGUCGCUCCGUAUCACAGGGAUUAUUGCGCUGAUGGCUGUUCUUGCCGCUAUAGCUGUCCUUCGAGAUAGAAACCACGUGAUUCGGCCGCCGCAGCUUGCUUUCGACACCAAGUUGUUGAGAAGGUAUGAUGUGUGGUUGCUGCUUGCUUGGGCCUUCGCUAGUAUGCUGGGAUACGUUGUCCUCCUCUUCUCCCUCCCGGACUUUGCGUUGUCGAUAGGAUUUUCCAGAGCCCAAGCAACGGAUUUAAUUGGGUUCUUGAAUCUAGGCACCACAGUUGGACGACCUAUCAUCGGCAUUGUCAGCGACAAAUGGAGUCGCAUCGACACGGCGGGCUCGCUGACACUACUGUGUGGUCUAUCGUGCUUCGCAUUCUGGCUGCCUGCUACGUCCUACGGACUAACGGUGUUCUUUGCCAUCCUCUGUGGUGCUAUCGUCGGCGUGUUUUGGAUGGUAGUAUCCCUAUCUUUGCUUCAGUCUCACCGCUGAUCUGUCACAUGCAGACUAUAGGCCCACUCUGUGUCGAAGUUGCGGGUAUCAAAAACCUACAGUCGCUGCUGUCGCUCUCAUGGGCUACGAUCAUCAUUCCGACGGCUGGUAAGGCUUCCAAUCCCUCAUCGUGAGCCCGUUUAGCUCACCUUGAUCGUCAGUCUCUGAAGGGAUUGCGUUGAAACUUCGGCGAGCUGGAUCGCAGAGAGGGUAUUUACAUAGUCAAAUCUUCGCUGGGCUUGCAUAUGUCGUUGCGAGCGCGUUCAUGUUCCAGCUCCGCAGAGUGAAACGCAAGGAAAGACUUGUGCAGUGA